UGAUGUAUUUAAAUUGAAACUUUCACGGUAUACAAAAUGAUGCAGACUUGCUAAAAAAAAUGGCAUUGGAAGUCCACUUUUAAAAAGUGCAGUGACAGUCCCACUUCCACUCCAACUAUCAAUUGACAACAUGCCAAUUGCCAACUACACCAAUACUACAUACCUGUGACGUAAAAGCCAAACCAUAACCAUCAUGUAACGCUAUCAAACCUCCCUUCCACGUGUUAAUUCUCAGUUACACUACAGAUUUUCCGCUCUAGAUUUCGUAGGCGUCAGUCGCUCCUCCAUCCCUGUUGGCAACAUCACUCCCAUUUUCUCUCUCCUCCAAAUCUCAUUUUUUGUCACUUAUUAUUUUUUUUAAAAAAAAAAAAAUUAAUUUACGCUAAUCUCUACUUUGCGUAUAAAUAACUCAAAAAAAAAAAAAAAAAAACACCCGACAAUAAACAUAAACCUCUCCAAAUCUCUCACCUUUUCUUCACUCUCCCUUCACACCGACUUCUCUAGCUUUCUCACGAUCCAUUUUUCUCUCUCCUCGUGCUCGCGAUCAAAUCUCGUCUACAUCAUUUGCCGAAUUAGAGUGUGGAUUAGAAGUAGAAGGAGAGAGAAAGUGUAUGUGAUUUUUGAAUCUGAAUCUUACGGGGGUAUUUUCGUCAAUUUUCGGCGAUAAUGCGAGGACGUCAAGCGGUUGGAGAUGCUGCUUUGUCGACUUAUAAACGAGUUGCAUCUAAAGAUGUAGAUGGUAAUUACACUAAUGAAGGUCGUCUCCAAGGCUUGGGGAAGGAUGGCGGAAAUCCUCCAUGGUCAAAGUCAUUACCUCAUAUUGUCAUUGCUACAAUUGCAUCGUUUUUGUUUGGAUACCACCUUGGAGUAGUGAACGAUACACUAGAAAGUAUUUCCAUAGAUCUUGGCUUCAGUGGCAAUACCUUGGCUGAAGGUUUGGUUGUAAGUAUGUCGUUGGGUGGUGCAUUUCUCGGAUCUUUAUUCAGUGGAUCAAUUGCUGAUUAUUUUGGCCGAAGGAGGUCCUUCCAACUGUGUGCAUUGCCUCUGAUGGUUGGGGCCUCAAUGAGUGCAAUGACAAGUAGUUUGCCUGGCAUGCUUACUGGAAGGUUUCUUGUUGGAAUUGGCAUGGGACUUGGCCCAGCUGUUGCAGCUCUAUAUGUGGCUGAGGUUUCACCAACAUAUGUUAGGGGUACGUUUGGAAGUUUCACCCAAAUUGCCACAUGCCUGGGACUUUUGGGGUCCUUUUUUAUCGGCAUUCCUGCCAAGGAUACUAAGGAUUGGUGGCGUGUUUGUUUCUGGGUAUCUGUGAUUCCUGCUGCAGUACUUGCUCUAUCAAUGGAACUUUGUGCAGAGAGUCCUCACUGGCUCUUCAAGAAAGGAAGGAGUGCUGAAGCUGAAUCUGAGUUUGAGAGGCUAUUGGGUGGUUUACAUGUUAAGAGUGCAAUAUCUGAGUUGUCAAAGUCAGAUAGAGGGGAAGAGGCUGAUACGGUCAAAUUCUCAGAACUAUUUUAUGGUCGACAUCAUAGGGUGGUUUUCAUUGGGUCUGUCCUAUUUGCUUUACAGCAGCUGUCUGGUAUCAACGCUGUGUUCUAUUUCUCAUCUUCUGUUUUUAAGAGUGCUGGAGUUCCACCAGAUACAGCAAACAUGUUUGUGGCAGUUGUAAAUUUAUCAGGAUCAUGCACUGCAACUAUACUAAUGGAUAAACUAGGAAGGAAGCUGCUGCUUCUUGGUAGCUUUUUGGGCAUGGCCAUGUCAUUGUUUCUUCAAGUAAUUGCUGCAAGCUCCUUUGUAUCACGUGAGACAUCAGUGUACCUGUCUGUUGGAGGCGUACUGCUGGUUGUUCUGACUUUUUCUCUUGGAGCUGGUCCUGUCCCUAGUCUUCUCUUGUCAGAAAUGUUUCCAAAUCGAAUAAGGGCGAAAGCCAUGGCUUUUUGCAUGGCUGUUCAUUGGGGGGUAAAUUUCUUUGUUGGUCUUCUGUUUUUGCGAUUACUUGAGCAACUUGGGCCAAAGCUCCUGUACACAUUCUUUGCAACCUGCUGUUUGAUAGGAGUUGCUUAUGUGAAGAAGAACGUAUUGGAAACCAAGGGAAAAUCACUUCAGGAAAUUGAGCUUGCACUUCUUCCAGUUUAAUGAUGAUUUUUUUUGUUUCUUCAUGCAAUGCGUGAAGUGCUGCUACCAAAUUAUGACGUGAGAGUCGCACAAGGUGAAGACUCCACUGCUACAUUAUUCUUCAUUCAUUGAAGAACCAAUUUUGGCGCAUAUGAUUCAAUGUCCAACAGUGUGUUAUAUCAAGUGUUGGCAUUUGUAAUUAGGUGCUUGUGAAAGUCAAAUAUGGUACAUAUCUUAAGAGCCUCUCUGUCCCACUUAUAUUGUUCGAUCGAAUUUAUGUGUAUUAUUAGUGAUCUAGGGAUAGGAAACUAGGUUGUCAUUGUUUUGAACUUUUCCUUUCUUCCACCAUAAGGGUUUAUACUAGGAGUAUGAUUUUAGGGUGAAAGAAAAUCUCAUUUUAUUGAAUUUUGUGAAUGAAACAUUCUGCACUAGAAACUGGGAGUUGUAUGUCAUUUGAGGCACAUAUUUAUACUGGGUAUAAAGUAAAAUUUAAUUCUUGAA